UACACUACCCGUGCGGCCACUGCCCCCACCUCUUGUCAUCUGCCAGCGGCGGAGACACCAACCGAACUCCCCACUAGUGCCGUCUGCCGUGUGCUGAUCGCCGAGGCGGCGGCGUGCCGGCGGUAGUCCGUCUCCACAUAAACCCGUGCACCCCGUCGUCGUUCCCACACGCCACAUUCCGCGAACACGAACAAAUCCCGCUAGUGCCAGUACAUCUACAAGUAGCAGUCGCGACCACUAGUCGCGCCGCUACCACUGCACCAACACGAGAGCAGCAGGACGGCAGGAGCAAUGGCAGCGGCUAAGACGACGGCCAUGGCGCGGUCGCCAUGCCUGCUGGCCCUCACGGUCGCGGCGCUCUUAGCCGCCUUCGCCGCGCGCGUCGACGGCGCCACGGGCACGGCGGCCCCGGCGCCGGCGCCGUCGGCGGACUGCACGGACGCGCUGCUGAGCCUGGCGGGGUGCCUGAGCUACGUGCAGGAGGGGAGCACGGUGGCGACGCCCGACCCGACCUGCUGCUCGGGGCUCCGGGACGUGGUGCGCGGCGAGGUGGCCUGCCUCUGCCAGCUGUUCCAGGGCGGCCAGAACCUCGGCAUCUCGCUCAACAUGACCAAGGCACUGCAGCUGCCCGCCGUCUGCAAGGUCAAGACGCCGCCAGUCAGCAAGUGCCACGUUUCUGUUCCUGGUGUUCCCACAGCGUCUCCGGUUCCCGCACCAUCUGCCGGGGCCCCGUUCUUCAGCCAGUCGCCGUCGUCGCCAGCUCCUUCGGGAUCACCGGCAGCUGAAGGAACUGGGAUCGCCUCCAGCACUCCAGCUCCCUCCCCGGCGCGUUCUGGCGCGGCCAGCCUCUCGGCAGCAUCAGCACAUAGCUUAUUCACCGCAGUAGCUGCUGCCGCGACUCUGCUCGGGUACCGUGUCUUGUGAGCUGGGCUCACACCUGUUGUCCAUCAGUUCAGUCCGUUCACUCGUCUUACCAAUACCAGCGUAUAGCCCCUGUACCGAGAUGCAUCUUGUGAGAAUUCCCUUUUCGUUUUGCACCUCUUUUAGACGUGCAUUGUUCGUGGAUUUCAUUGCUACGCACGAUAAUAAUGUUACAAGUCACGAAUGGAUUA